AUGUACCACCGCGAAAAGACGUACAAUGGCUCUUACACGGAGCGCAUGGUUACCGCCGGUUCCUCCUCUAGGAGCCCCAACGCCGGCGUCACAAACUACUACCUCCCCGUCUACGCCGCCGCCGCCGGCUGCGACCCGGUUUCUGAAGAAUUGGCCUGCGUGCUGGAGUUGCUGCUCUGGUUCUUCGACAGCCGCGGCGGCAAGUAUUACCGCACGCACACCCGCCAGCCCGGCUGGGUCGACGAGACCGUGGUGGACUGGUUCAUGGCCACGAGCAGGCAGCUGGCGGACCAGUACGGCAGGGUGGUGCCGUCGAUUGCGCACCCGGGCAUCAACGACAACAAGAUCAACGGCCAGAGCCACGGCUGGCCGCGCAACGCCAACAACGCCACGCGCACCGGCGACCGCGGCGGCUACACUGGGCGCGACGUCCCCUUUAUGCAGGCACUCGUCGCCACGCCAGGCCUCAUCGGCCUGUUUUACGGCCACGACCACGGCAACACCUGGUGCUACCGCUGGACCGGCAAGCUUGACGGGCUAGACGUCGACGCGGGCAUCGCCGGCGCCGGCUUACACCUCUGCUACGGCCAGCACACGGACUACGGCGGCUACGGGUACUGGGUCCGCGGCGAACGCCAAAUUGUGGCCACAAGGAAAGGGCUUCGGAACGGGACGCUUGACACGCACACGAUGCUAGAGACGGGUGAGGUCGUUGGCAAGGUGACGCUGAACAGCACAUUCAACGACGAUGUGUAUGACACGGUGCCAAAUGUCAAGACGUUUAUGCCGCUCUCGGCGGGUAAGGAGUCGACGAGUCUGGCGGUCACUUUGCGGCCGGCGUUGGCGGUGCUGGCCCUUUUGCUUUUUUGUAAUAAAAGGGGUCGAGCAGCAUGGUAG